AUGUCAGUCCACUGUACCUACCACUCGGAAACAGACUCGUCGGACUGUCACUACGCCAACGAAACGAGCAGCCGGCGCCCUCAGGCCCAAGAUACCCAUCCAUCAGCGUAA